UAAUGGCGGCUUUCUCCUGAGCUUCAAUGUUGUUUGUUUCUUCUGGAGUAUUUUUGCAGGAUCGAAAGCCUUUGAAGUACAUACUUUGGGACAUUCUUACAAGGAAUCUCCUCUAAAAGGUGUUGGUGUAUCCAUUUUGAAACUUUGAGCGUGAAAUUUUUAGAAAAGCCACCAUGCAUUUGUACGCAUUAACUCUUCAGAAGGCGUCUACUAUCAAUCAUGCAAUUCACGGCAAUUUCUCUGGCUCCAAGCAGCAGGAGAUUGUAAUCUCACGAGGAAAGAUCAUAGAACUUCUUCGUCCUGACCCAAACACUGGCAAAGUGUUUCCAUUGUUAGCCAUGGAAAUGUUUGGGGUUAUCCGAGAUCUUAUUGCAUUUAGACUCACUGGUGGAUCAAAGGAUUAUGUAGUGGUUGGAAGUGAUUCUGGAAGAAUUGUCAUCCUGGAAUACAUCCCUUCUAAAAACACUUUUGAGAGGAUUCAUCAAGAAACGUUUGGUAAAAGUGGCUGUCGGCGUAUAGUUCCUGGGCAGUACUUGGCUGUUGAUCCUAAAGGACGUGCCAUCAUGAUUGGUGCUGUGGAAAAACAGAAGUUAGUUUAUAUUCUGAACCGAGAUGCUGCAGCUCGCCUGACAAUUUCAUCUCCACUUGAAGCGCACAAGUCUCACACUUUGGUGUAUCACACUGUUGGUGUUGAUGUUGGUUUUGAAAAUCCAAUGUUUGCUUGCUUGGAGAUGGAUUAUGAGGAUGCUGAUAAUGAUCCAACUGGAGAGGCUGUCCACACAACUCAACAAACCCUUACAUUCUAUGAGUUAGAUCUGGGCUUAAACCACGUGGUGCGUAAAUACAGUGAACCCCUUGAAGAACAUGGAAACUUUCUCAUUCCUGUUCCAGGAGGAAAUGAUGGGCCAAGUGGAGUGCUGGUCUGCUCUGAAAACUACAUCACGUACAAAAAUUUUGGUGAUCAGGCAGAUAUCCGCAUGCCUAUUCCACGGCGAAAGUAUGAUCUUGAUGACCCAGAACGAGGAAUGAUAUUUGUUUGCAGUGCUACUCACAAGACAAAGUCCAUGUUCUUCUUCUUAGUACAAACGGAACAAGGCGACAUUUUUAAAGUUACCAUGGAAGUUGAUGAAGACAUGGUAACAGAACUGCGCAUGAAGUAUUUUGACACUGUUCCUGUUGCUGCUGCCAUGUGUGUGCUGAAGACAGGUUUCCUCUUCUGUGCCUCGGAAUUUGGAAACCACUACUUGUAUCAGAUUGCUCAUCUUGGUGAUGAUGACGAUGAGCCAGAGUUCUCCAGUGCAAUGGAGCUGGAGGAGGGGACAACUUUCUUCUUUACUCCUAGAGGCCUUAAAAAUUUGGUACUUGUGGAUGAGAUGGAGAGCUUGGCUCCUAUAAUGUCCUGCCAGAUUGCUGACUUGGCUAAUGAAGACACCCCUCAGCUGUUUGCUGCCUGUGGCAGGGGUCCCCGCUCAUCCAUGAGGGUCUUGAGGCAUGGUCUGGAGGUUUCUGAAAUGGCCGUGUCAGAGCUACCAGGUAAUCCCAAUGCUGUUUGGACCGUGAAAACACAUUCACAAGACGAGUUCGAUUCUUAUAUCGUGGUGUCUUUCAUAAACGCCACUCUGGUUUUGUCCAUUGGUGAAACAGUUGAAGAAGUCACUGAUAGUGGUUUCCUCGGCACCACUCCCACACUGUCCUGUUCACAGCUAGGAGAGGAGGCUCUGCUACAGGUUUAUACAGACGGUAUCCGACACAUCAGAGCUGACAAGCGUGUGAAUGAAUGGAAAACACCAGGAAAGAAAACUAUUGUGAAAUGUGCAGUGAACGAGAGACAGGUUGUCAUUGCAUUGACUGGAGGUGAAAUUGUCUACUUUGAGAUGGACCCGUCCGGUCAACUUAACGAGUAUACAGAACGAAAAGAAAUGUCCUCAGAUGUACAGUGCAUGGCCCUCGGGACGGUGCCCGCGGGUGAACAACGCUCCAGGUUUCUGGCCAUUGGUCUGAGCGACAAUACAGUACGGGUCAUAUCCCUUGACCCGCAGGACUGUCUGCAGCCUCUCAGUAUGCAGGCCUUACCCGCAACGCCCGAGUCACUGUGUAUCGUGGAGAUGGCUAUGGGAGGCUUGGAAAGCGAAUCUGGGCGACUAGGAGGAUUGUUUCUUAACAUUGGAUUGUCGAAUGGCGUGCUUCUUAGAACAGUUUUAGAUUUAGUGACUGGAGAUCUGUCUGAUACCAGAACAAGAUACCUGGGUUCUAAAGCUGUCAAGUUGUUUAAAGUUCGAAUGCACGGAUCUGAUGCGGUUCUUGCCAUGUCAAGUCGUUCAUGGCUGAGCUACUCGUACCAGUCUCGCUUCCACCUUACUCCACUGUCUUACGAGACGCUGGAAUACGCCUCCAGCUUCUCCUCUGAACAGUGUCCUGAAGGAAUUGUAGCUAUCUCUGCUAACACGCUGAGGAUUUUAGCGCUGGAAAAGUUGGGUGCGGUGUUUAAUCAAGUGGCCACUUCUCUACAGUACACACCUCGGAAAUUUGUCAUCCACCCCCAGAGUAACAACUUAGUCAUCAUAGAAAGCGAUCACAAUGCAUUCACUGAUAAAGUCAAGGAAGAAAAGAAACAGCAAAUCGCCGAGGAAAUGGUGGAAGCAGCCGGUGAUGAUGAGAAGGAGCUUGCAGCACAAAUGGCGGCCGAGUUUCUUAAUGAGGAUCUGGCCGAGCAGCAGUUCGGCGCUGCUAAAGCCGGACCUGGAAUGUGGGCCUCCAUUCUGAGAAUGCUGGACCCCAUCAAGGGUGAAACAAUUGACGAGGUGCGGCUGGAACAGAACGAAUCUGCUGUCAGUGUAUGCGUGUGUAAUUUCACGUGUCGGCCUGAUGAAACGUACGCGUUAGUCGGCACAGCCAAGGAUUUGACAUUGAACCCACGGUCAUGCGCAGGAGGCUUCAUUCAUACGUACAAGAUAGCUGAGCUUAUUGAUGGAGGAUACAAACUGGAAUUUGUCCACAAGACGGAGGUCGAUGAUAUCCCAGGAGCGCUCGCUCCAUUUCAGGGCCGUCUUUUAGCUGGUGUUGGUAGGCUGUUAAGAAUCUAUGACCUCGGCAAGAAGAAGCUUCUUCGUAAAUGUGAAAACAAGAAACUGCCCAACUUUAUCAUGGGUCUCAAUACAAUGGGAACUCGUAUUGUUGUGAGUGACAUUCAAGAGUCGUUUCACUUCGUCAAGUACAAGGCGAGAGAAAACCAUUUGGUUAUAUUCGCAGAUGACGUGAAUCCAAGAUGGUUAACCUGCAGCAGCUACGUGGACUACGAUACAGUGGCGGGUGCAGAUAAGUUUGGUAAUGUCUUUGUGGUUCGCCUAACGGCCAACACAACUGAUGAGAUUGACGAAGACCCUACAGGCACAAAGGCAUUUUGGGAUAGGGGACUUCUAAAUGGCGCUCCUCAAAAGGUGGAGACGUUGUGUAAUUACCACGUGGGUGAAACAGUCCUGUCUCUGCAGAAAGCGACGCUCAUCCCUGGAGGGUCAGAGUCUCUAGUCUACACCACCCUGUCAGGAGGUAUUGGAAUGCUAGUGCCGUUUACAUCAAGAGAGGACAUUGACUUUUUCCAGCACCUUGAGAUGCAUUUGCGUGCAGAACAACCGUCUCUCUGCGGCAGAGAUCAUUUGUCGUACAGAUCUUACUACAUGCCAGUCAAGAGCGUAAUUGAUGGCGAUCUCUGUGAAUAUUUUAAUUCGCUGGAUUCUUCCAAGCGGCGCAGCAUUGCAGAAGAACUUGAUCGCACACCAGCCGAGGUGUCAAAGAAGUUAGAAGACAUAAGAACACGGUAUGCUUUCUAGGAAUAUAAAGAUCAAGAACACUAAGAAGGAUGACUGACUUCGUGGUAUGACACGAAAACGUUUUAGACGUCUCUCCUGUGCUCUAUAAUGUACCACAAGUGUUACGAAGACGCACUGGGUUACUUUGCGUCGCCUUCUGUAGAAAAACAUUGCAAGUUUUCUAGCGUGUAUAAAAAGCCCCGCCGCCCCUGCACUGUCAAAACAAGUGGUUUGAGCACUGCAAUGAUAAGCGUCGUCUUGUGAUGAAUAUGGAGCCAUUUGUAGAUGAUUGAUUGUAAAGCACCCUUCUUUACCUAAAGUUGUUCUUAAAAGCCGUCUUAUGGAUUGGCUAAUUAUUAAUAAGCCGGACUGUUUUGAUAUUCAUAAUACAGUGUAAUUUUCAUUCUGUUGAUUAGCAUCUUUCUGCCGCGUGUCAUCCAUAAUGUUUUAUUUAAGUUGUUUUUCAAAGGCGAUGUCAUUGAGAAACUUUUAAAUACUAGUAAAAACAAUACCCUCUCCUGCGUCUCUCCAUAUCUUUUACUUAAAAGUACUCGGACAAGUGCUAAAGUAGUUUUAUGUAUAUUAAAGUAGAAAUGAGUUCUUAAUAGUUUGCAGAAGUUGCAUUGUGGUGCUUUAAACUGUCGUUGCAGCGGUCAUUCUUAUUUAUCUUUGAGCUUGGUACAUAGCCAAAGUUUUGCUCGUCCGUAGUUGUGUGGCAGUUACAAUUUGCUAUGGCGCAAGAGUUAUAAUUCUGGAAGUUAAAAAUCUUCUCAGAAAAUUUAUCCGGGAGGAACAGUUCCUACUUGCCAGUUUCGUUUUGUCUUACUCUGCUGCUCAAAAACCAAAUCCCAAAAAUGUACUCCUUCCCCAUGAUAAGCAAUAGCUUCAAAAUUCGUCAUAUACAAAACGUGAAAAGGUUUGGACAGCGUUUAAGUUAACACAUUUGGGUAAGAUAUCCCUCUCUAGUCAUCUAACAUGAAAGUCUUCUCUUGUUUUCAAUUACUUAAAUGAUUGACAAGCUUGUCUUGUAGCAUUGAGUUCUCGCGAUCAUGUUGUAAAACACAUCUCAAUGGGCACGAAAAAAGUUCGGUAUGUUUACAGCUGCUUUUGCAGCUGCUGUUUUUAAUUCUAAGGAAGCAUUAAUUUUUGUGAAAGUCUAAUUGUGAGACGUUUUGUGCGUGUUCUAAUUAACAUAAAAAUUAACUUCAACCGACUCGCUGACACGUUCCUGUCUGCAGCCCCAAGAUUUGCUGGUGGAGCGUUUCCUUAUCAAAGAUGAUGAUCACAUCUGAUGCGAUUUUUGGAUUUUUUUUUGGAAACUCGUUGGUGUUAGCAUUUUUGGUAGAAUGGACACCUGCUAUGUCGUCAAUAGGAUGUAGAAUAAAGUUCAAUCAUCAUUGAUUGUACUAUUAUACAUUCAUUUUUUUGUUGUUUUUUUGUUUUUAACAACAAUAAUGUUAACUUCGUCCACCAAUAUGGCGGCCAGAAAGUAUGGUGUAAACAUCUGAAACUUGCUCGGGAACUUAAUUAUCUAGGCCACUAAUUAUCUGUACUGGACAAACGGACAUUUACCCAAACAGUUUUCCCAUUACUUAAACUUCCCAAGCGGCUAAAAAUCACGAGAUGAAUGUUCACUAGUUUUAGCACUCUGGCAUGGCUUAGACGGUACCACAAGUGUGAGAUAGUUUGGGGUGACGAUAUGGCUUCUCCUCCAUCCUAGAAUCAGCACUGCCCUGAUGAGGCCGAGAAGGCCGAAACAGUAACAGUUAGAGAUGAAUAUAUAUAUAUCUUAUAUAUCUUAUCAGGCGCCGCCGUAACUCUGCAAUUUUUUAACUGGGCUGAAAAGUUGCUUACAGAUAUAAAUUUAUCACCAGUUAUGUCUGAUGAGGAAAAACGCUUUGUUGGCUUUUUAGUUUUACAUUUUAGAGCUUGAUCCCUCCACGUGAAACGAUCUUUAGUUGUUGCAUCGAAAUGCACGCUUGUUAUGUAUUUGAAUAUUUUAUCAACUAAGCGAGGGGACUGUGAAUUCAAGCGGGGAUCGAAGCGCAGAGCGUGGAAACUCGUCGAAUCUCUCUUCUUGUGCGACCGUUGAUCUGUUUAUGUGUAAGAUUUAUUAUAAAGGAUAAUAGGGCGAACGCUUGUUCCUCGAUGUCUGAAGGUUCAUAGACGACUUAAUUUCAUGGCUCUCAAUUUUUGCGAGUAAGGUACAAUAAAAGCAAAUGAAAAUGA